AUGGAAUCAGAAACGACUUCCAAGGGAGACAGCGUUCAACAGCCAGAGGAUUCACAUGUCACCAGCACGAAAUGGGAACGGGUUCAGGAAGUGAUUUGGGACGGCCCUCGGUCGAAAGACGAGAAGCGGCUUAUUCAAAGACUUGAUCUGUUUGUCUUGAUUUGGGCAACCUUCGGCUACUUUGUCAGACUACUCGAUUCAAGCAACAUAAGUGAGUCUAGCCAGGAAGACUUGGAUUUUGAAGGCAACCAGUACAAUCUUCUACAGACAUGCUUCACCUGCGGCUACUUGGUGGGCCAGGUUCCGUCUCAGUUUCUUCUCACUCGCGUUCGACCCUCGAUAUAUCUACCGAUGGCUGAGCUUCUGUGGACUAUUGUCACUUUUUGCUUCGCUUCGGUCCGGAGCGUUCGCCAAGUUUCUGCUUUGCGGUUUCUACUGGGCCUCCUAGAAAGUCCUUUCGCAGUUGGUGUUUUGACAAUCAUGGGUAGCUGGUAUACACCUAAAGAACUUUCUAAACGUAUAUCAAUCUUCUAUUCGGCCAGCUACGCUGCUAGUAUGUUUAGUGGAUAUUUUCAAGCUGCUAUCUAUAAAGGCCUCGACGAGGCGAGCGGUUUACCUGGUUGGCGCUGGCUUUUCAUAUUCUGCGGCUUCAUCUCCAUAUGGGCACCACUUUGGGGCUUCUUCGCCGUGCCGGACAUCCCGUUCAUCACGAAGGCUCGAUGGAUGCGGCAAGGGGAGCAAGAGAAGCAUAUACGCCGCAUGGAGGCGGUAGACCGGCGAAAGCCAGAGCCAUUGACCAAGUCGAGAGUCUGGCAGAUAUUUACUAAUUGGCCCCUCUACGUCUUUAGCUUUACGUUGAUAUGCCAUUGUGUGGUAACGCAGCCACUCAACUACUUCUCGGUAUGGCUCAAAUCUUUAGACCGCUUCACAGUCUACCAGAUCAACCGUUUCCCUACAGCUGCGCAGGCCGUUGGGUUGGUCACCACAUUGCUUUAUGCAUGGCUUUCUGAUGGGUUGGAGAAACGAUGGCAAGUCCUGCUCAUACCCGCAAUCAUCAAUUUGAUCGGUAUGAUCAUGGUCGCUGUUGGGUCAACCUACGCGCUGACAUUCGCUGGGUAUCUCAUCAACGCGGCUUCUUGGGGCUUUUGGCCGGUACUUUAUGCAUGGGCCAUUGAGAUCAUGCAUAAGAACAUGGAGGAGCGAGCGGUAGUCAUUGGAAUCGCUCAGACCCUUGGUCAAGCUUUCAUCGCGUGGGUCCCAGUGGUUAUUCUCGACGUUGGGAAAUAUGCGCCCUCGUUCCACAUGGGAGUCUCCAUCAUGUGCGGCGUAAGCGUCCUGGAGCUCUCAAGCAUCUUUCUGAUUAAGCACUUUGAAGAACGUGAGAAGGCUAAGGAGGAAAGGGCAAUAUCGGGAGUGUAA